AUGGCGCUGCCGCAGCCAGCACCACCGCCGGAGACGCCGAUCUUCAGAACCCCAGACGAGCUCCUCCACGACAUCUUCCUCCGCCUCCCCGCUGCCGCCGACCUGGCCCGCGCCUCCGCGGCGUGCCGCUCCUUCCGCCGUCUCAUCGCCGACCACGCCUUCCUCCACCGCUACCGCGCCCUCCACCCGCCGCCUCUCAUCGGCGUGGUCCGCAAUGGCACCUUCAUCCAGGCCCAGCCACCGCACCCCUCCGCCGUCGCCGCCCGCGCCUUCGCCGGCUUCGACUUCUCCUGCUCCUCCUUCCUCCCCUCCACCGCCGGCCGUACCUGGAGGCGGAUUGACUUCUUCGACGGACGCGCCCUCAUCGCCGGCGCCCCAGUCCAGGAAGAAAACAGCGUUCUUGGUGGGCGCCACUUCCGGUACCACAAUUUUUUGGUCAGGGACCUCGCCGUGUGCGACCCCGUGCACCGCCGCUACACCCUGCUGCCGGCUGUCCCCGGGGACCUGAAAGCGCUGGUCCGUGAAAAUGAGCUUUUUGAGCUGGAGACUUUCCUUGCUCCUGGCGAUGAUGAUGAUGAUGAGGACCCUUUAUCAUUCAGGGUGAUGUGCUUGGUGCAAUGCAGAUUGAAUAUCCCUGGUCAGAAUGUAUUUAAUCUGGUUCCUUAUGUUGUUGUACCAUAUCCUUUCUUGAUCUACACCCUUUCAGCAUCAUUAUUGUCUCCUCUGCAUCUGCUUUAUCAAGCUCCCCAGCUCUUGCAUCUGCUAUGA